AUGGCAUCCCAAGGCCAGGUCAUUUUCUGGAGCAUGACUACGGUCAUUAUCAUCCUGGCUGCAGUGAUUGCCCUGAUCAUCGGGUUUGGUGUCUCAGAAAAACGCUCCAUCAGCGUGACAGCGCUGACGUCUUCCGGGAACAUUGGCCAGCGUGGCAUCCUGGGCUGCACUUUCGAGCCCGACAUCCAGAUGGGCAGCAUAGUGAUCCGGUGGGCCAAGACGGGAGUAGCCGGGCUGGUUCACGAGUUUAAAGGUGGGAAGGACCACCUGCAAGAGCAAGACGCGUCGUUUCAGGGCCGCACGGCGGUGUUCGCAGACCAGGUGAUUGGCGGCAACGCUUCCCUGGAGCUGAGGGAUGUGCAGCUCUCCGAUGCCGGCACCUACUGGUGCUCCGUCACCACAGCCAGAGGCAGCGGAGCAGCAGUGUUGCAGUACAGGACAGGAG